AACCCAUUGUUUGCGGUGGCGAUGGCAGGGCUGACACUCCAGGGCACUGUGCAAAAUACGGCACUUACACGUUGCUGGAGUUGCGGAAGACAGCUGUCCUUGAUGUGCAACUUGUGCAGAGCAACGAAGUACGGGGGGAGGCUACCACAUGGAGUUAGAGGGGUUGCGGCGGUCCCUGGACAAGUUGGAGGAUCGUGUGGAUGUCGGCUCACUGGUCACUGACCGCCAUGUCGGCAUUAAUAAGAUGGUGCGAGAGGACUACCCCCACAUCAAACACUUCUUCGACAUAUGGCAUGUUGCCAAAGGUGUCAAGAAGAAGUUGCAGAACCUCAGCAAAUUGAAGGAUUGCCAAGCGCUGAAACCCUGGGUUUCCAGUAUUGUAAACCACCUGUACUGGUCGGUAGUGUCCACUCCCAGAGGAAGCGAAGACAUGAUUGAGGACAAGUGGCGAUCUGUUCACGACCAUACACACAACAUCCACGAGGGAUUUGAGGGGCAGUUCCCUGAGUGUGCCCAUGGCCCACUUGAGGGAAGGGAACAGCAGAAGCAAUGGUUAACUCUGAAUACAAAGCUGUCUAGCGAGAUGGAGAAGAUCAUCACCAGCCGGCAUCUCUGCAAGGACCUACAUCGCCUUUCUCCUGACUACCAGACAUCCUAUCUGGAGGCGUUUCACGCCCUCAUCCUCCACUUCGCCCCAAAGAUGUUCCACUUUUCGUACCAGGGAAUGCAGUGCAGGACAAUCCUCGCCGCCAUGCAUUUUAACGAAAAUGCCAACAGGGCACAGAGCAAGAGAAGGGAUGGUGAGGACAUGUACACCCUUCACUACCCGAAGUACAAGAAAGGCGGUUACAUCGUACGAAAGGUUUUGAAGAAGUCAACUUUCGGUUAUGCCAUGCAGUUGAUGGACCGUGUGGAGGCGAUGUGCUCCGGGAUCAACUAUGAGGGCGACAUCCUGGAAGACCUGGAGCUAGCUGCUGCACCUGUGCCCCCGCCCCUCAAUGCUGACUUUGAGAAGCCGGACAAGCAGACAGCAGUCAGGGAGAAGGUCGGCAGGUUUAACCGCUAGAGAAUCCUGACUGUAGCAACAGGGGACACUUUCUGCCACACAGUAUAGUUGAUUGUACAAUGUAAGUUUGAGAAGUAAAGUUGACUGAUAUUGUUGCCAAUCCCAAGAAGGGAUACUAUCUACCUCUUACAAAAUGUAGUUGAUUCCGUGGGUUGUCAUAUGCAACACUGCAACAUUUAUUAGUCCCAACAUUUAUUAGUCCCAACAGGGGACACUUUUCUGCCACAUAGUAUAGUUGAUUGUACAAAGUUCUGAGUUUGAGAAGUAAAGUUGACUGAUAUUGUUGCUAAUCCCAAGAAGGGAUACUAUCUACCUCUUACAAAAUGUAGUUGAUUCCACGGGUUGCCAUACGUAACACAGUGCAACAUUUAUUAGUCCCAACAGGGGACUUUCUGACACAUAGUAUAGUUGAUUGUACAAAGUUCUGAGUUUGAGAAGUAAAGUUGACUGAUAUUGUUGCUAAUCCCAAGAAGGGAUACUA